AUGGAGAUUACUUGGCUGGCCGACAGCCCCCAAUCACGGCGUCGAGCACGAGCUCUGCAAGCAUGUCCCACUUGCAGAAGAAGAAAGAAACGCUGUCGCCAUAUUGUGGCCGAUACAUCAAACGCGGACAUUCCGGAAACUAGGAGAGCGAGGCCACAGAUUCGCACCUCGGGAGACUCCUCCGCAAUUGCCGGCGCUGAGAAGCCGAGACACUUUCUCGCAUUGUCCACCGGAAUCUCGCGGGUAGAACGGUUUGUGGGAGACCUCAACCCUGAAGCUGCCAUUCGAGAGAAAGUAGAUGCACCAAAUGGAGCCUUUCACCGAGAUCGAGUUGGCCUCUGGAUCAGCAACCAUGGAGAAAACCCGAACCGAAGUUCCCAUGCAACCAGUGUCGGAGCAACUAUUUCUGAGGCGCAGCCGGUCGCCUCCCUGUUACACCGACGGUAUACAUCUGCGUUGAAGGCCUGUGAUCGCCUCCCUCGCUCGACUUCUGAACCCCUCGCCUCAAUCUAUUUCUCCAGAGUCAAUCACAUCUUGCCUAUUGUUGAUCACGAACUGUUCGCCGGCGAAUACUUGAACGGAGCAGCAUCUGUAUUCCUCGAAAGGGCGAUAUGCCUGGUGGCUGCGAAAGACAAAACCGCUAGCCCUCAUCUACGUUUGACAGCUGGAGGUGCUCUCAAUACUGCACGGAAAUUCUGCUCUGAAGUAUAUGGUGGACUUGUCUGCGCUAUGGAAGCUGGGCUUGAACAAGACAGGGUUACUAGAAUCCGUAUCCUCGCCUUAAUGUCCCUACAUUUCGAAGGGUACGAAGGUGCUGAGGCAGCGUCGAUGCAUCUUUGUCAGGCUAUACAUCAAGCUCAAACGUUAGGUUUGCACCUCGAAAGACCUAAGCUUGCACCAGAUGAUUCUUUGACAACUCUCUUUUGGUGUUUGUGGUCGUUAGACAAGAUGCAUGCCUCCAUAGGUGGCCGGCCCGUCCUUCUGGCUGACAGAGAUAUCGGCAUCAGGAGGCAUGACAGUGCUGCACGUCAAUCAAAAUCUGCUUUCGACGCUUGGUUCGCGCUUUCUGAAUUGUUAUCGAAAGUGAUUUCAUUCUAUAGACCAACCGCUGAUGAUACAACUGGGUGGGAAACAGAGUAUCCGAGCUUCGAAGAGAUAAUCGGUAAUUCUAUCCAAGGACAGAUAGAUUUCGCGACACUUGGAAUACUGGAACUUUAUUACCAUGUGAUCAGUAUUCUAUCAUGCAGAUGCAGAUCAUCUCAACAUCUCAGCGGCUCCCGACCAUCACGAACCCGUCAGGGUCUAGCCGCUGUACGGAUAAAUUCUUUGGUGGCGUCUGAAUGUGCUCAAGGCUUGCCUCCCCUUCCGGUUAUUCCGUACGCAGUGUCCCUAUCGAUGAGCGUCUCUUACCAAGAGCUCCGUUCCAGCACGCUUAUUACCCAGUUCAACCGUGCCAAAGCUAGUCUUGAAGCUUGCUGCAAUAUGCUCGAGGAGUUGGUGUCUUGGUGCUCAGCGGAAGCAAUGGCACGGCUCGGCAGAAAAGCACUGCGUCAAAUCGACGGAAUAAGUUUUGCAACCGAUAUGUUAUCAGUGUCGGACAAUGGCGGAGGUAAGAACCCCAACAGGACUACUGCAAGCGCAGCAGACCUUGGAAUAUCAAAGGCCAGUAUGCCGUCGUCAUCCUCGUUCGACACCCAUCAACCCUCAAACGACAACUUGCUAGCCGUGACAGACCCGGAACAACAUGUAAUCCCACUAGUCGACGAACAACAAGCCUAUUUACAGGGUCCGACUAGCGGCGACGGGUUUGCCGAUAUUGAUAUGCUGUUUGACGAUUUUUUAGAUCUGUCCUUACCGACAAACUUCUGGGAUCCCAUUUUCGUUUCAUCGGAAUACAGCAAUGAUGUUUGAU